CUACAGACAAAAGAAAUUGCGGCUAAAACUCAGGCACAACCUCGACUCUGAGAUGCCAUUGUGACUGCCAGGGUAUCUCUCUAACUCCCUCGCUCACUGUUUCACACACAACACCUUAACUCAUCGCCAUGUCUUCGACCCGACGUUUCGCCAAUUACCCCAAGGCCCGUGAGGGACCAGCCACGCCUUACGUCUCCGGGGUUGAGAAGAACCCGGUGUUGCGCGGAUGGCCGCUCAUUGUUGGUUCCAACCUUAUCAUCAGAUCUACGACGAUUGCCAAUCUCUUCUGGAGCAAUGCCCACUUUGGCAAAAUCAAAGAUAUACCAGGUCUGGAUAAGCUGCAGUAUAGAUACGAGCCAACGGUCAUCCCGAUUGCGGAGGAGAAUGCAAGUACCCAGGUUGAGCUCGGCCCCGAGUUGUACAUCCGGAUGCCGGAUGAUCUGCCAGGACGAUACUACACCGUUGCGGAUUACCAUGAGGCGUACAAGACCGGCCAGGUGACUCCCUUACAGGUCGCCAAAGCUCUCUUGCCCAUCAUCCGCCGUGACCUUACUCCACCCGGCAAGUAUUCCUCGGCGUGGGUCAGCAGCGAUGUUCAUCGCAUCCUCACCGAUGCCAAGGCCUCGACGGAGCGAUACGCAUCGGGCAAGUUCCUGUCCAUUGUUGACGGCGUUCCCUUUGGCGUCAAGGACGACACCGAUGUCGAAGGAUAUGUCAGCCAUUGGGGUAUGGCCUACGACCCCAAGCUGGCCUUCUUCCGUCCCGCCAAGAAGACGUCGGAAUCCGUCAGCCAUAUUCUGAAGGCGGGAGGUAUCAUGAUUGGCAAACAGACACAGCAUGAGCUGGGAUCCGACACCACUGGAUGUAAUCCUCGCUGGGGAAGUCCUAUUAACUGGUACAACAAGUCGUACUAUACCGGCGGCUCGUCCUCAGGAGCAGGAUCUGCUCUUGGCGCUGGACUUGUACCUAUAUCAAUUGGCACGGAUGCUGGCGGAAGCUGCCGGCUACCCCCAAGUUUCAAUGGCGUCUAUGCCAUCAAAACAAGCCACGGGCGCACAGAGACCAUGACUACAAGCGUCUGUGUGACAAGUCCAAUGGCAACCAAUGUCACCGACUUAAUCGUUGCAUAUCGCCUUAUAUCUCAGCCCAACUUUGAUGAUCCUAGCCAGUCCCUGUUCUCACGCUCCAUUCCCACAAGCCCACCGGUCAGAAAGUUCAUCGGCAUAUAUCCGGAAUGGUUCCAAGACGCCACGCCAGAAGUUGUGGACCUUUGCGAGAAAGCCAUCAACUACUUGACGUCCAAGUGCGGCUACGAGGUCGUGCACAUCAGCAUCCCCUAUAUCCGCGAAGGUCAGGUGGCCCACGGGGCCUCAUGCCUCGGCGAAGCAGCCGAGACGGCACGCAUGCGGACCCCGAACCCGGCCGACCGCUUCUCCAUCGUCAACCACGUCAACAAGGUCCUUCUUGCCGUCGGAGCGCAGACCAGUAUGCUCGACUACUGCAAGUUCAGUCAGUUGCGAGAACUUCACAUGGAGCACCUCGCGUUCCUGUUCCAGGAAUAUCCAGGCCUGUUCAUCAUGACCCCCGCAGCCCCUGACGCUGGCUAUAAGAUCAGUCCCAGUGACGAGGAGUACGGUUUUAGCGACACCAACAUGACGCUACGCUCGAUGCGAUAUGCUUGGCUCGCUAAUUGGACCGGAUGCCCAGCGGCCGUCGCUCCCGUGGGGUAUGUCAACCCCGAGGUGGGCGAGGGCAAGCUGUCGGUGAGCUUGAUGGCCAUGGGGGAGUGGGGAGCCGAGGAGCAACUGUUAUCUUGGGCAAGGGAGGUGGAGACGUACUUAAACGAGGUGUACCCGGGUGGACGCAUAAAGCCCCAGGACUGGGCUAAUGUGCUGGAUAUGGCCAAGAAGAUUGACUAAGUGGAUGCCGCAAUGGCCACAUCGCGGCGAAGCUCUCAAGGAUUUGUAAAACUAGGUAGCCGGAUCAUCUUUCAAUAUUUCAAAUCGUAAUAAUAUCGUUAUGUCACUAGGACCCU